AUGCCAUUAAGUUUCCUUACAUCAUUCCAAGUGCAACAGGCUCCACAUUGCUCUAAUUUUCCCGCUGGAAGUAAUCUUAUAUCCAAUCACAUCCGGCCAAUAUGGAUUCGAAAUAAUUCAAUUCACCGUCUUUGGGUAGCUUACAUGGGCCUUGUCGAUGAUGAUAUUGAUUUGACCAUGAAUAGAAAUAAAUAUUAGGCCUCGGCAUCCAGUAUCAACGAACCACAUCUAAACUCCAGACUAUCCUUGGUGUUUUACCUUUACGUAAACCACUGGUGUGUAAUCCUCGCAAGUAUAGCGUAGUUGGGUCUCCCUUCAACUUUCAGUGGCAGAUUAAGCUGAUGAGAGUCAGAAAGUCGAUGCGCUGAUUGAUGCUAAGGUUGAUGCC